GAGAAAAUAUAUAUUAGAGGCUAUAAUGGCGUCCAAACGACAACCGGAUGAGAGUGUGAAAACAGACAAGAAGAAGAAGAAGAAGAAGAAGACGACUUGUGAAGAAACAGCUGAACUUUGUUCAGUUGUGGGAAAGCUAAUUGAGACUAGCAAGAACCCAGGGCUCGGAAGAACAGAGCCACAUAUCGCAGGACUGAGGGCAGCACUGUUUGGGCGUUUCCGGUCCUGGCUCGGGGAAGUGUUGGGGGUUGAACUGGAGCCCACUGUGGAUAUUUCUUGUGCAAAAUAUGAAUACACAGAUGUUCUUUUGUGUCAUGAUGAUGAAUUGGAGGGGAGGCGCGUUGCUUUCAUCCUGUAUCUCGUGCCUCCGUGGCAGAGCAGCGACGGGGGAACCCUCGAUCUUUACACAACAGACAGUAAUUUCCAACCGCAGAGUAUAGUGAAGUCGCUCAUACCCUCUUUGAACACGCUCGUCCUCUUUGAAGUUUCUCCAGUCUCCUUUCACCAAGUGUCAGAGGUUUUGACACAGGACAAGUGUCGUCUGUCUCUGAGCGGCUGGUUUCACGGGCCGUCUUUGGAGCGUCCUCGUCGCCACAUAGAGCCCCCCGUCCCACGGAGCCCACACUUACCGAGAGAUGAAACAUUGCUGCUGGAGUGGGUCAAUCCAGUGUACCUGGACAUCUCCUACCAAGAGCAGAUUCAGGAGGAGUUUGAGGACAGCUCUGAAAUUCAGCUCAAAGAUUUUCUCAAGGAGGAGAAGUUCAUGGAGGUGAGGGAAGCACUGCGACUCACUCAGAUUCAGUGGACGAGGAGAGGUCCGCCUAAUAAGAGAUGCUAUGAAGCAGCCUCUCUGGAUACCCUACCUCAGUGUGUGAGUGCAUGUUGGGAGCUGCUUCGUUCAGAGGCUUUCUUCCUGCUUCUCUCCAACUUCACCGGCCUUCGAUUGCACUACCUGUGUCCUGCUGAUGAUGACAAUGACAGUAAAGACGAGGAGAAAGAGGACGUACUCGACGGAAAGGCGAUGGGGUCUUCGACCGAAUCACCAUCAGCAAAUACGAGCAGAGAGAAAGAGCCAAGCACACCUGUGUGUUGUGGUGAACUGCGUCGAUGGUCUCAUGGCGACUACACUCUGUUGCAUGAUGCAGAAGCAGCGCGGGCAGAGUACGCUCUGGACCUUGUUUUACCUUUUUGCGGUGCGGACUGGCAGUCAGAGUUUGGGGGCUUCACGUGUUACGUUGCUAAUGAAGAGGAUGAGGAGCUCCUGACAGUGUAUCCAGAGGAUAAUUCCCUCGCCCUUGUCUACAGAGACAAAGAAACCCUCAAAUUUGUCAAACAUGUCAACCACAAAAGCUCCUCUGGUUCUGCUAACAGUUUUUAUGACUUCUCUUUUGUGUACUAUGAAUAAAUAAAUAAAUAUUAUAUAUAUAUA